UUUUUUUUCCCCUUCUCAUUUGAUUUGUAGGGUAAUGUUUGGUUUCUGGCAGAAUAAGGAAAGACAAGGAGAGUGGUGGUUUUCCUUUCUUUGGUUUGUGAAACAGUGAAAGAUAAGCAGCUUAGAAAGCUGUUUUUCAUUUUUUUUUUCCCCUUUCUUUUGUGGUGAAGAUUUCAUCUGGAUUUGUUUGGUUUCUGGGAAAACAUUGGAAAUAAAGAGUUUUGGAUAAUGAACUUCAUUCAACCACGUCCAAUUAUAUUAUCAUGAAAAUAAUUUAUUUCUCUGUCAAUCAUAUGCCAUUUCUUUAGAUACGAGCUUCAAACAGUAUAACAAGAGAACUACAGAAGUCGUCUAACCUUUAUCUAUAUUCUUCCACUUAAACUUUUCUCAGCUGAAAGAGCAAGCAUAAGCUUGGUUUCCUUCCUGAGAAAAUGUGUGGAUCACUUAAGUGAAAAUAUAGCAGGAUAAAGAUCUUUUAUUUUUUUUGGAAUAAUUUAUGUUAGAUAUAGUCAUUUAUUAUUCAGCCAAUUCAGUUUUGUCAUUUAUUCUAAAGAUUUACUAGAAAAGAAAAGAUUCAAGGCCCUUUUUUUCCUUCCCCGUUUCCUCUUUCCUCUUUUCUUUUAUUCUCUAGGCAGAGGACCAAAAGGGUCAACCUCUCUUUAGUUGGUAAGUAAAUGAAAGAGAAGUUUGAGGGAAAAAAAUCUGAAUCCAUUUCCAUUUUGUUUUUCCUUUCUAUAGAUCGUCAACUAGAACUAGUUGUAGUAGGUAAGUUUCAGUGCCAAUGGUUGAAGUGAAAUUCAAAUUUUACCCUUCCAGGCACAUUUUCUGAUAAAGCAAACAAGAAUAGUAAUGGAGCAGCCUGCCAGAGAAGUGUAAAACCUACAGUCAGGGGUUCUUUAUUUUUUGUUCAUUGUUCGUUUGCUCUUGGCAUUUCUGCAAAAUUCAGGAUGCAAUAUUGGAAUUUCAUAUCUGAUUGAAUAUUCUCUGUGAUGUCUUCCAGAUUUACAGUUUUUGUUUUUUUACUUUUUACUCUUAUUAAAUUUUAAGAUUCUUGGUUUUCUGAGUCAGAUCAGUCCUAUGUUCCGCUCAUUGUAUUAAUUCAAUGUACUCUUUUACCACCGUUCUGGUUCUUACAAAACAUUUUUGAGUCAAAAACUGGAACAUGGCUUCCUUUGUUUAGAACAUCUUAGCAUUUUUUUUCCCACUUGUUGUUUACUCGCUUAUUAUAUUCCUUUAAAUGCUUAGGUUUCUGAAUCUGCAAAAGGUUAGGAGUCUACAACAUUCUGGUGUCCAUUGAACAUUGAACUUUGGCAUUGCAAUGGGGCAUCUAUCCUCCAUGUUUAAUGGGUUGGCAAGGUCUUUUUUGAUAAGAAAAGGGAAGGAUAUUGGGAAUGGUGAUGGAAGGGAAGCUGCAGAAGCAAUGGCAAAAGAAGCAAAGAAGAAUGACUUGAUUUUACGAUCUUCUGGUGUCAUAAAUGUUGAUGGCUCAAAAAAUUUUGCCUCAGUUUUCUCAAAGAGAGGUGAGAAAGGAGUGAAUCAAGAUAGCUUUAUUGUAUGGGAGGAAUUUGGAUGCCAAGAAGACAUGAUGUUUUGUGGGAUUUUUGAUGGCCAUGGUUCCUGGGGCCAUUUUGUGGCAAAGAAAGUCCGAGAGUGGAUGCCAUCAUCUUUACUGUGUAAUUGGCAGGAGACUCUCGCCCAGACUUCACUGGAUCCAGAUAUUGACUUGGAAUUAGAUAAAAAGCAUCAAAUAUUUAAUAUAUGGAAGCAGUCCUAUGUAAAGACUUGUGCUGCUGUUGAUCAGGAGUUAGAGCGGCACCGUAAGGUUGAUUCUUUCCAUAGUGGAACAACUGCCUUGACAAUUGUCAGACAGGGAGAAUUUAUUUUUGUAGCAAAUGUUGGUGACUCUAGAGCUGUGUUGGCUACCACAUCAGAUGAUGGAAACUUGGUACCAGUUCAGCUAACUGUUGAUUUCAAGCCCAAUUUACCUCAGGAGUCUGAACGAAUACUUCAGUGCAAGGGACGAGUAUUCUGUUUGAAAGAUGAGCCAGGAGUGCACAGAAUUUGGCUUCCAGAUGAGGACUCACCUGGUUUAGCAAUGUCUAGAGCCUUUGGAGAUUACUGCAUAAAAGAUUUUGGACUUAUUUCUGUGCCUGAUGUGACUCACAGGCAUAUAACCAGCAAGGACCAAUUCGCUGUGCUGGCAACAGAUGGGGUAUGGGAUGUCAUGUCUAAUGAAGCAGCAGUGGAAAUAGUAGCUUCAACAGUGGACAGGGCAAAGGCAGCUAAACGUCUGGUAGAAUCUGCUGUCCAUGCAUGGAAACGCAAGAGGAAGGGAAUUGCAAUGGAUGAUAUAUCUGCUAUUUGCCUUUUCUUCCAACCUUCUCAUGUGUCUCAACAAGUUCACAUUGUUAGUUGUACUCCAAAAUAGGGAUCAGAAAAUGUAAACAAGCAAGGCUGUUGCUCCUAAUGUUCUAUUCCUUCAAUUUUGUUUCUAUUCAUUAGACAAUUUUCCACAAUCAUGGAAUAAAUAGAUGAAAUCAGUCGAACUCGAAA